AUGCAUAGCAAGGUUGUCGUCAUUGGAUCUGGCCCCGCGGCCCAUACUGCUGCCAUCUAUCUGGCCAGAGCUGAGCUGAAGCCUGUCCUGUAUGAGGGCUUCAUGGCAAACGGCACCGCUGCCGGUGGCCAAUUGACGACGACGACCGAGAUUGAAAACUUUCCCGGUUUCCCCAAGGGCAUCAUGGGCCAGGAGCUGAUGGACAACAUGCGCGCCCAGUCCGAGCGCUUCGGCACCGAAAUCGUCACCGACACCGUCACCAAGCUCGACCUCUCCUCCCGCCCCUUCAAGUUCUCGACCGAGUUCAACCCCGACGAGACGCACACGGCCGACUCCGUCAUCAUCGCCACCGGCGCAUCGGCCCGCCGCCUCGACCUCCCCGGCGAGGACAAGUACUGGCAGAACGGCAUCUCCGCCUGCGCAGUCUGCGACGGCGCCGUGCCCAUCUUCCGCAACAAGCCUCUCUUCGUCAUCGGUGGUGGUGAUUCUGCCGCCGAGGAGGCUACUUUCCUCACAAAGUACGGCUCUCACGUCACUGUCCUGGUCACCGUGCGCUUCAACUCCGUCGCCACGGAGGUCAAGGGCGGCGACGACGGUCUCAUGAGCCACCUGGUCGUCAAGAACGUCGUCACCGGCGAGGAGGAGACGGUCGAGGCAAACGGCCUCUUCUACGCCGUCGGCCACGACCCCGCCACCGCCCUGGUCAAGGGCCAGGUCGACACCGACUCCGAGGGCUACAUCGUCACCAAGCCCGGCACCACCGAGACGAGCAUCCCCGGCGUCUUCGCUGCUGGUGACGUUCAGGACAAGCGGUACCGCCAGGCUAUUACCAGCGCCGGCACGGGCUGCAUGGCUGCUCUGGAGGCGGAGAAGUACAUCACCGAGAUGGAGUAA